AUUGGUAAACAAACAGAUCUGAUAACUUGUAAUGACUUUUGUUGGACUAAUUACGAGACAAUCACUCCAUUGAAUAACGUGACUGUAAUGAGCGUAUGUCUUGUCGACAAUGAGAUCUGGUUCGGCGAUUCGAAGGCAGCGAUUCAUAUUUAUUGUGUCAAAACAUUUGAGACAAUCUCUUGUAUUGAGUUAGAACUGGAGGACAACACUCCCACCGCUAUUCAUUGUAUGUGUUACGUGAGUGCCAUCAAACAAGUGGCCAUUUCUAGCAGUAGCGGUCGUUUAUGGAUGUGUAGUACCAAUGAUCACAGUUUCAAAGAGAUUGGAAACAACGGAAUCGCGUUCUUAUGUGUUGUAAACGUUGAUAUAAGCGCUCAAAACAGCGAUCCCAGUAAUUGCGAGCUUUGGUGCGGACAGUCUGAGGGCAACGUUGCUAUUAUUACUCUAUCAGAGACUCUCAUUAAAUCCCAACACAUUGUUAGCCAUUACGACGACGACAGCACUGACUUCCGAACGCCAAUCAGCGAACGAUUUGAUGUCUUCAUGAUUGAAGCGCUCUAUCCAUACGUUUGGACGUAUUUAUACCCCGGUUGCAUAAUAUGGCAGUGGGAUGUGAACGCCAGGCGAAUCCUGUCCCGAUUGGACUGUUCAAAGCUGGCGCCCUGUUCUGAGAGCUUAAUGUCCAUCAGUAUUGAAGAUCAUUUGAGUCCGGGCAGUUGUCGAGUGACGGCAUUGACUGUAUUAGAGGAGAGGUGUGAGCUCUAUAUCGGCACUACAUUUGGCUGUGUUAUUAUAGUGGAGGGCAAGACUAUGAGACCCAUCACUGUGUUUCGGCCGUACGACGAGGAGGUCAAGGCUAUCAUUAGCUUUAAGCCAAUGAAACGCGACGUCUGUACGACCGCUUCCAACGAGUUUUUAAGCGAGAAAACUGACGGCAAAGAAAUGAUCGCUACAAUCGGUAGAGGAUAUCGAUGUCUAUUGAGUCGAUUCCUUAGUUUAGAUAAAAACAAAUCCAUUACACAAAGAGGUCUUCACUCUAUUCUGUGGUCAACAACCGAUUGGAAUAUAAACUGAAAUAUAGAUUAUAUUAUUAU